AUGCGUGUGUUACGCACUGUUCAUGAGGUGCGAGCGCUUCGAAAUGACCUCCAACGAAACCGCAACAGUGCACCACGCGUUGCAGUUGUGAUGACCAUGGGUGCGCUCCACGAGGGACACGAGUCCCUGAUCAACGCUGCCAAAUCAUCGGGUACUUUUACGUUUGUCACGAUUUUCGUGAAUCCUCUACAGUUUGCCGCUGGUGAAGAUCUGGACCGGUACCCGCGCACAGAGCAGGCGGACCUUGCCCGUUGCGAAAAGCUAGGGGUGGACGCAGUCUUCGCUCCGCUGCACAGUGCGGAACUCUACCCCCGGGGGUCUGCAGAACAAACAGUGAUCGACGUCCCUGCGGGGCGGCCUAGUCAACAUCCGCGUAGUGAGGCCGCUUUUCGACCGACGUUCUUUCUGGGCGUUGCCACCGUUGUUUGUAAACUGCUACAUAUCGUGCAACCGGACGACGCAUGGUUCGGGGCCAAGGACGCCCAGCAGUGCUGUGUCGUGCGACAAAUGGUGCAGGAUUUGAAUAUGACGGUUUCCAUUAGGAUCGGACCGACUUGCCGAGAACCCAGCGGGCUCGCUAUGAGCAGUCGAAACAAGUACCUAACGGAUGCGGAACAGGCCACAGCAGCGGUCGUGUAUCGAGCACUGAGCGCGGGUCAGGCCCUGUGGACGGAGUAUCGAAAGCGGCGUUUGCAGCAGCGGCAACCGCUAACCUAUGGAGCUCUUUGGGAGGCAGCUACGGCCGCUUUAGAUGUGCUGAAGGCAGAGUCAGCGGUUUGUGUCCAGUACAUUGGCCUCUCCGAUGCAGAGGAAUGGCGGGAUCUCGGUGGAGGCUAUCCGUUGGAGCCACAGCCACCGGAUCUGCAGGCAGAUACUUUGUUACCGCAAACGCUUCUGGUAGCCAUUCUAUCAACAGCCGUUAUCGUCGGCUCAGCGCGUUUGAUUGACAACAUAGCGCUCUCUAUUUAUGAGGAGAAUGCGCCGGUCACGGGUACGGCAUCGUCGGAGGCGCUUGCCUCUGGUAUGCAUCCUUCGACAGUUACCAAAGUGCCGCGAUCAUAA